AUGCCCGUGUUUUCAACUGAGAAAUCCAUGGAGUCCAUAGCGUAUCUGAAUGAAGCCUUCAACGUCUCCCGGCCAAAACAAAGGGGGAAAGAUCUCGGUGGUUUCCAGGCGGAUGGCCCGGGUGGGUCGGACAAACUACAGGAGACCAUCCUGUGUCAAAACACGCUGCGGGAGGUGGCUUUGCAACAUCAGGUGCACCCGAGCUUCAUGGUGGGACACAUCUGGGGCCCUGAAGGUUGGGUUCAAGGCAGCUUGGCAAUGACCAAAUCCAAAAAGCUGAAAUCACUCCAAGUGGAGCUGGAAGAAGGUCUGCCUCAGGCCUUCCUGAAGGCUCACAGCUCUCGCAUGCAUCGUGCGUGUUCAGCCUGUGUGGCUGCACAUCCAGUUUGCGAGCUAUGGCAGUGGGAUUUGCACAUUACCUCAGCAAAGCGUGCCAAGAUCAUUGCAGACUGCAUCCUUGGGUCUUUGGCCUUUGUGGCGCUCUUUUUCUCGGUGGACGGGACGGCGGUGGCGGCGCGCAGCCCUGAGAACUGCCCGGUGCAGCAAGGUACCUUCCUAUGGUACACUUUCGUGGCCAUCGUCUCCAUCCUGUUGAACCUCAUCCCCCGAGGGCUCAUCAUGUACAUAGCCUACCGUGGCUUUGUCCAAGAGAGCACCAUGCAUCGAAAGUGGCAGCUCCGACUGUUGCACUUCAAGGAUGCGUGUUUCUGGACACUGGGAGUGUUGGUCAGCUCCAUUCAGCUGCUGGUGAUCAUUGCAUUUCUCGCCAAUCUUAGCGAAGUGGACGAGUGGAAGUGGCUGAUUUCCUUUGCCGUGGUCUUGGUGCGGAAGAUGCUGCUGGUGCCCCUCUUGGCAUGUCUCUUUGCGAGCCUCGGGACAGAGAUAGCCGCCUGGAGUCAACCUUCCAUUGUAUCACAGCCGCCCAAGAAGUUGGGUCUCGACAUGGAUUUGCUGGAGGGAAAGGCAGUGCUGGAAAUGGAGGAGGAGGGUGAGUUGACGGAGACAUGGACACAGAAAGUGGAGGAAUUGGCGCAGCGAGGCAUCACCAUCCGUCAGCUACUGGACUUCUAUGCCAGCCUCGGGACGCUGAUGCCCCACUUCGAUCCAGACAGAUCCACAACUCAUGACGUGGUGCGGCAAGCCAUCAUCCCCAAUUCCCUGCACUACAGGAAUUGGCGUACCUUCAUGGUGGUGGUGCACCAAGCGUCUGACCUGGCAGCCAUGGACUUCUUCAACAGUGAUCCCUACUGCAUUGUGCGCUGCGUGUCGUCCAUGCCCAAACCCUGGAAGGGCGGUGGUCGAAGUGCCACCAUCAAGCAGACUCGCCACCCAAAGUGGGAAGAGGCCUUCCUGCUAUACGAAGUGGUCCAAGAUGAGUCCCUACAUCUAAGUGUUUAG